AUGACUAUCUCUUGGUUCUUUUUCUUAUUUACUUUUUUUCAUCUUCGUCACAAUCACUUUAAAGCUUUUACGUUUUUAUGUUUGAUAGCUCAGUUUAAUUUUCACGUUCGUGCUGGUUAUAGUGUGCAAGAUUGUGGACUUGCUUGGGCUCCACAUGUUCGGUUGAUUGGACACCCACCACUUCCUCAUCCAGGAUACUAUUGUAAGAAUAGUGGAGGGGUAGAAUACGGAUGUGAAGUUUGUCAUACAUACCAAUACGGGUUUUGGCAUGCUUGUUCUCGUAGACCGGCAUGGGGUUUCAAAUGUGGUCUUCAAUCAACUAGUUGUGGUUAUACUGCUAGUGAUUGUAAUGAAAAGAUUAUCUGUAGUAAAGGUUAUUCUUAUUACGGAAUCUUUGCACAUUGUUGGGAUGAUGAUCAGAGGUGGAAAUGUGUGCCUGGUGAAAAUGGAAGAGAUAUUACACAUACAAUUUGUUCAAAAUGUCUUAUUGGUAGUGCAGCUUCAGGACCACCUUCUUGA